CUCUGUGUCACAUCACAUGAUAAUGUGUGGUGUCGCUUGGAAGGUCGUGAUUUUUAAUUCGUCGUAAAAAUAUAACAAAUUAUUGUCUAAUAACUGAAGUAUAACCUUCCUGGUACCACAGGCGAAUAGUUUCAAACUCCUCUAAGUGCAGAAACGCUACAGUGCACCAUGUCAGAGUUUUGGCUGAUCUCUGCCCCGGGUGAGAAGACCUGCCAACAGACAUGGGAGAAAAUGAACAACUGCACGGCUAAAACUCAGACUCUGUCUUCCAACACCAAGUUCCACAUUCCUGACUUAAAGGUUGGCACCCUGGACAUCCUGGUUGGCUUGUCUGAUGAACUUGGCAAACUGGACAGCUAUGUAGAAAGUGUUGCUAGAAAAGUUGCGCAGUAUCUGGGUGAUGUUCUAGAGGACCAGAAGGACAAGUUGCAGGAAAACCUUCUGGCCAAUGGAGUUGAUUUGGCCACCUACAUCAAGAGAUUCCAGUGGGACAUGGCCAAAUACCCCAUCAAGCAGUCACUCAAGAACAUCUCAGAGAUCAUUGGAAAGCAAGUGAGCCAGAUUGACACAGAUCUAAAGAGCAAGUCUCAGGCCUACAACAACCUGAAGGGGAAUCUACAGGCUAUGGAGAGAAAGGCAACUGGCAGUCUCCUGACCAGAAGUCUGGGAGAUCUGGUGAAGAAGGAGGACUUUGUGAUGGACUCUGAGUACCUACAGACAUUACUGGUGGUGGUUCCCAAGCAAUGCUAUGAUGACUGGAAGGAAAAGUAUGAGACGCUAACGGACAUGGUGGUUCCUAGAUCAUCCAAGAAGAUAUACGAAGACCAUGACCACGGCCUGUUCACAGUCACCAUGUUCACACGGGUGGUCGACGAAUACAAGCAUCACGCUCGGGAAAACAGAUUUGUGGUGAGAGAUUUCCAGUAUAACGAGGAAGAGAUGACUGCUGGGAAAAAUGAGCUCUCCAAGCUCGCCUCCGACAAGAAGAAACAAUUUGGUCCGCUGGUGAGAUGGCUGAAGGUAAACUUCAGUGAAGCGUUCACGGCCUGGAUCCAUGUCAAGGCUCUACGUGUGUUUGUGGAGUCUGUGCUCAGAUACGGAUUGCCUGUAAACUUCCAGGCCAUGCUGCUGCAGCCCCUGAAUAAGAAGGUCCACCGGAAGCUGAGAGACUCCCUACAGCAGCUGUACAGCCAUCUGGACAGCAGCUCAUUCGCUGUAGAUGAUCUUCCCAUGGACAUUCCAGGUCUGAGUGGGCUGAACAUUGGACAGGGAGAGUACUACCCUUACGUGUACUACAACAUCAACACAGACAUGCUCUCUGAUAUUGUCAAACGGUAGUUCUACAGACGCUAUAGACAUACAUUCUGUUAGACUAAGGUUCACUGGAUCAAAAAAGGGCCUAUAUGUAGAGACCCAUCCUCUGAUACUAUAGUUAGUAUAUAACUGUUGGGGGACUUGGUAUGAGGUUUCAACGGACACUGGACAUUCUAUUAGACGAUUAUUCACUGGAUCAAAAAAAA